UAAGUUAGUAACAAUAGGUCAAUAGUAUCCCUAUUUUUCCUACUCCAGUAGAAGAAGGCGCGCUCCCAGUGUUAUCCAUAUUCCACAGGCAACCCCCAAUCCUCCAUUACUCAAUUCCAAUGGAGACCCUUUUUGGUUCAUCCUCCAAAGCUACCACUUUUCUCUCUCCUCUCCCUAAAAAUUCAUCUGGGUUUUCUUCGUCACACAAUUAUUACUUCAAAUUUCGAAAUGGGUACUCAUCUUUUGGACCAAUUUCAUCAAAUAAGGUACUUUAUAGAAGGUCAUUAAUGGUGGAAGCUAAAACGGGUGACGAUAAAAAGAGCAAGAACAAUAAGAUUGACUCUCAUAAUUUUGCUCCUAAACCUGAUGAAGCUAUUGGCCCUUUUCCUGAAGCUGUCUUACUUAGAGAGAAAAAUGUUCAGGAUGAUGGUAGAGCUCUGCCUGAAUUUGCUGAUGAUGAAGAGCAAGAACUAUUUGAAUUUCUAAACCUUCAGCUGGAAAGUGAUUUGAAUGUUGAUCAGAUGCGUCACUAUGAAGUGGUUUAUUUAAUCCAUCAAGACUAUAAGGACAAGGUUGAAGAUGUGAAUUCCAAGAUACAAGACUUUUUAAGGGAGAAGAAAGGCAGAGUUUGGAGGUUUAGCGAUUGGGGUAUGCGAAGACUAGCUUACAAGAUACAAAAGACAACACAUGCCCACUAUAUAUUGAUGAAUUUUGAGCUGCCAGCCCAGUGGAUAAAUGACUUCAAGCAGAUGUUAGACCAGGAUGAGAGAGUGAUUCGUCAUCUUGUGAUUAAAAGAGAGAAGGCGAUCACGGAAGAUUGCCCACCCCCUCCGGAGUUUCAUACACUACGAGCUGACAUGACAGAUGAGUUUGAAGUAGACUACGAUGAUGAUGAUGAGUGGUAUGAUGAGGAUGACGAAGAAUUUGAAGGCGAUGAAGAUGAUACCGGUACUAAUGAAGAUGUUAACAACAAUUAUGCUAUCAAAGGGACUGAUAAUAAGGGCAAAGAGAACCUAAAACGUGAGCAGGCAAUUAGAUAAGACCUCAGUAUGUAUUAUCUUAGGAUUGUGCUGUCAGAAAAGCUCAGGACAUCAGACACAACUGCUAGAACAAGCCCUGACCAUUUUUGUUCAAGAAUGCUGGUAACUGUCUGAUGGUUAUCUCAAAGAGAGAUCGAUUAAUAUAAUUAUGCAUCCUUGUGGUUGAAGCACAUGAAGCGUGAUAUGCUUCUACUGUAUUUGAAUAUGAUAACGUAAAGCUGUAAGAGUAGCUGAUCUGUUUGUGGACUCCCCUGUGGCCCUGUAGCACAAUUUAUGUUUGUCAUCUGCUGCUAUUAUGCUAUGUGCCUAUUUAUUCAAUACGAAGUAUUUUGGUUGAUUUAUUCAA